CAAAUGUCACCUGAAUGUGUGUCAAUAAACGUCUUCUGCCUUUUUGAAUGUUUUUCCAUGUUUUUAAUAAUAAAAUAUCGAUGUAAUUUUGUUUUAACGAUAUAUAGGAACACUAAUUUUAGUUUUUAAUAAGGAUAUUUUAAGAAUACAUUGAACAAAAUGUCAUCGAGACACGAGAAAACAAAAUCUGGAGGCUUUUUGGAGUCAUGGUUCAAAACGGGUACCACAAGAAAGCCCACUGGUCAAAGACCGACAUCUAUGAUGAACCCUAGACCUACGUCCGAGGGUGAAAUUUUACAAGACGAGGAGGACUAUUCAAAGCAAGUUGACAGCAUGUCCGAGGAAGAGGUUAUUACGAAUUUCGAAGAACUUUUGAGCGAUAUGAAUCUGAAGGAUGAUAAGAAAAAACCAUUACGCAAUAUGCCGCUGGAUCAGAAGAGGAAGAUGUUGGUCAUGCAGAAUAAAAACAGAACUGAAACAGGCGGAAAUAGAUUUAACGAACCCGAAGAUUAUCACAUGUACUUAGAGCAACAUCUUCGCGGCGAAUAUUUACAACUGAACAAACUUCUCUCGUGUACGGAAAGUCUGAGGGUAGCACUAGCCAAUAAUCCCCUCAGCUGGGUGGAGAGAUUUGGCAACGAUGGCAUGGAUAUAAUUCUGAAAAUUAUCGAGGUGGGACUAAAGCAUAACGAUGUGAAACUGCAGUAUGAGUGCCUGCGUUGCCUGGAAAAGUUCAUGAACAAUACGUGGGGCAUCAAAAACUUUUUUCUUAACGAAAAGGCGCACGAAAUCGUGGCUAGGUGUUUGGACUAUGAGAAACCUCAAGUGAUGACUCAAGCCUUAAAGAUAUUGGCUCCCGUGUGUGUUUUGUCGCAAGGCGAAGAAUACGGUGUCAAAAAAGUUUUGUUAGCUAUUACAAAAGUUGCAGAAGAUCAAGAGAGAGAACGGUUUCUGCCUGUAGUCAGGGGAAUUAUAAAGACUAAUAAUGCGGAAUUGCAAAGCAUGUGCUUCCAGCUGAUAAACGCUCUGUUAUCAGAGACCGAAGAUUUCGAAUAUAGGAUGCAUUUAAGAAACGAAAUAGUGAGGAACGGACUGUACGAUAAACUAGUUGAAUUGAAGAACGAGACAAAUCCGAUAAUAAAAACCCAGUUUGAUGUAUUUGAAAGAGAGAAGGAAGCGGACGCGGACGAAUUGCACGAUCGAUUCGAUAAAGUACGCAUCGAUAUGGACGACAUGCAAGACUGUUUCGAAGUGUUGAAAAACAUAACCCUAGAAACGGCAUCGGAACCCUAUUUCCUCAGUAUACUGCAGCACUUGUUGUUCAUAAGGGACGAUUUUAAUAUCAGACCGGCAUAUUUCAAAAUUAUUGAGGAAUGUGUGUCUCAGGUCGUUUUGCACAAGUCCGGCUUAGAUCCCGAUUUCAAAAAAAAUCACGUCGAUCUAGAUCUGCAACCUUUGCUGGACGAAUUAAGAGACAAGCCGCCAUUAGAGAACAAAGAACGGUACCAGCAACUCCAGAACCAACUAGACGAAGCCCUGGCCGCCAAAAGCGAAGCGGAAGCUCGGGUGGAAAUGCUGAUGCAAAACCUUACCGGAAAUGCGGGAAGUACCGGAAAAUUGGACCCCCUUCUAGUCAGUAAAAUUAACGCCGUUCAGUCGGGAGGUACCGGUGGACCUCCCCCACCUCCUCCUCCACCCAUGCCUAAUAUGGGAGGGGGUCCUGCAGGAAUUGCUCCGCCUCCUCCACCAAUGCCUGGUAUGGGUGCCCCUCCCCCACCUCCCAUGCCUGGGAAAGUGGUGGGUGGAGGACCUCCACCGCCGCCUAUGCCAGGACUUCCCCUACCACCACCGUUUCCUCAGACAGGCAGACCUCCGCCCCCACCACCAGGAGGACCUGGAGGACCUCCCCCUCCUCCCUUUGGAAUGGUACCUUUGCCGGGAAUGGUUCCUCCUCUAGGGGCAGCCGUUCUUACGUUACCUCACGGAUUGAAACCUAAGAAAAAGUGGGAAGUGAAGGGACCCUUAAAGAAAGCCAAUUGGAAAACCAUUUUGCCUCAGAAAUUGUCGGAAAAUUCCUUUUGGGUCAAAGCUAAAGAGGAAGAUUUGGCGGAACCGGACAUAUUAGACGGUUUGGCGAAGAAAUUCUCAUCUAAACCGCUAAAAACUCCGAAAGAAGAUCUUGGCAGCGGAGUUACGAAUGGCGGUACGUUGAAAAAAACAAAGCAACUGAAAGUACUGGACGGAAAAUCGGCUCAAAACAUCUGGAUCUUGCUCAACGGUACCCUGAAACACAUGGAGUACGAGAGUAUCAAAAAAGCACUGCUCAGAUGCGACGAAUCCGUAUUAACCGAUAACGUUACGGAACAGUUGAUACAGUAUUUGCCGCCGCCGGAUCAAUUGACGAUGCUGCGAGAACUGCGAGGUCAGUACAAGGACUUGACGGAACCGGAACAGUUCUGCGUGGAAAUGUCCGAAGUUAAAAGACUGUUACCGAGACUGAAAUCCAUCAGUUUCAAGCACCAUUUUGUGGAAAUGGUUCACGAUACGAAACCGGAUAUUAUAGCCGCUACCUCUGCCUGCGAACAAGUAAAGAAAAGUAAAAAGUUUGCUAGAAUACUAGAACUGGUACUACUGAUGGGCAACUACAUGAAUUCCGGAAGCAAAAAUGCCGGUGCCUUUGGCUUUGAAAUUAAUUUUUUAACUAAAUUAACUGGAACGAAAGACAUCGAAAACAAGCACACGUUGCUUCACUACAUUUUAGAGACCGUGGAGACAAAAUGGCCGGAUCUAUUGAAUUUCUACGACGAGAUGCCCCAUAUUGACAGAGCAAGCAGAGUAUCUUUGGAUACGAUACAGAAAACGUUGAAACAGAUGGACAAUAAUUUAAAAAAUUUAAAAACCGACCUACAAAACAACAGGAUACCUCAGAGUGACGAUGACAAAUUUGUUGACGUAAUGGACAAAUUUGCCGAAUCUGCCAGCGAGCAGUGUGAUAUAUUGCAGAAAAUGUUCAAGAAGAUGGAGAGCCUGUACAGCGACUUAGCCGAAUAUUACGCGUUCGACAAACAGAAAUAUACUUUAGAAGAAUUUUUCACGGACUUGAAAACUUUCAAAGACAAUUUCAUACGUGCGGCAGAGGAGAAUCAAAAAGAACGAGAACUAGAAGAGAAACGAGAAAAAGCGCGUUUAGCUAAACUGAAACAGGAACAAGACAAAGAAGAAAGAAAUAAACGGAAAUUAAUAGAUAUGAAUCCGCAACAGAACCAAGAAGGUGUUAUGGAUAGUUUGUUGGAAGCUUUAUCAAGUGGUAGUGCUUUUGGUGCUCAGAAACGAAAGAGAGGAUCCAGACCGGCAGGUGCUGAACGAAGAGCUCAGUUACAACGAUCGCGCUCAAGAACGGGUCUUAUUUCUGGUCGAGAGUUGACAAGUGAAAUAACCACGUAAUAAUGGAUUGACAACGAUUGCUUUUUGGGAUCAGAAACCCUAACCUAUAAUAAAUUACGCAUAUCAUUUAAACCGUACCUUAACUGGCUUCUAUUUAAACUUGAAACUUAAUUUAUUCUAAGAUGCAAUAUUGUAUAUAUUUUUGUAAUAUAUAAAUUACUUCUGACGUUGUAACAUAUAAAUUACUAUACACGUAUUUGUAAUUUAUAUUUGUUAAUAUAAAU